AUACUAACCUGAAACGGCCGCCAUCUUUCGGCUAGCGGGGAUAGCGGGGAGACUGUUGUCGGUUCGCGCUUUGGGUGAUGCAAGAUGCCAGCUCCUGUCCGAUUACGAGAGUUGAUUCGCACUAUCCGUGCUGCCAGGACACAAGCAGAAGAACGAGAAGUCAUUCAGAAAGAAUGUGCACUUAUCAGGUCAUCCUUUCGAGAGGAAGACAACACAUACCGUUGUCGAAAUGUAGCAAAACUUAUCUACAUGCAUAUGCUUGGAUAUCCAGCACACUUUGGUCAGCUUGAAUGUUUAAAGUUGAUAGCAUCUCAGCGAUUCACAGACAAGAGAAUUGGUUACCUUGGAGCUAUGCUGCUUCUAGACGAGAGGCAAGAUGUCCAUCUACUGAUGACUAACUGCCUUAAGAAUGACUUGAGCCACAGCACCCAGUUUGUCCAGGGCCUGUCUCUCUGUACAUUGGGCUGUAUGGGAUCAUCGGAUAUGUGUAGAGAUCUGGCUGGAGAGGUGGAGAAACUGUUGAAGAACUCCAACUCAUACAUCCGUAAAAAGGCUGCGUUGGCUGCUGUGCAUGUUAUCAGAAAAGUACCAGAGCUGCUAGAGAUGUUUCUGCCUGCCACAAAAAAUCUCCUUAAUGAUAAGAAUCAUGGUGUCCUCCAUGCUGCUGUUGUCCUUGUCAUAGAAAUGUGUAAACAUAGCCCUGACACUCACGCUUAUUUUCGCAAGGUUGUUCCACAGCUAGUUAAAUCCCUGAAGAACCUGAUUAUGUCUGGCUACUCUCCAGAGCAUGAUGUUUCUGGCAUUAGUGACCCUUUUCUUCAGGUCCAGAUUUUAAGAUUGUUGAGAAUAUUGGGGAAAAGUGACGAUGAAGCCAGCGAACAAAUGAAUGAUAUUCUUGCUCAGGUUGCAACCAACACUGAAACCAGUAAAAAUGUAGGCAAUGCUAUUUUAUAUGAAACUGUUUUAACAGUGAUGGAUAUUAAGUCUGAGAGUGGAUUGAGGGUUCUAGCUGUAAAUAUUUUGGGUAGAUUUUUAUUAAACAAUGAUAAAAAUAUUCGGUAUGUUGCAUUGACGUCAUUGUUGAAAAUGGUACAGACAGACCACAACGCAGUACAGAGACACCGGAGUACGAUCGUGGACUGUCUAACAGACCUUGAUGUCUCCAUUAAAAGGCGUGCAAUGGAUCUGUGCUUUGCUUUGGUUAAUGGCAGCAAUGUCCGAGGAAUGAUGAAAGAGCUGCUCUACUUCCUGGACCAUUGUGACCCAGAGUUUAAGGCUGACUGCGCUUCUGGAAUAUUUUUGGCAGCAGAAAAAUAUGCACCAAACAAGAGAUGGCAUAUUGACACCAUCAUGAGAGUGCUCACCACUGCUGGUGGUUAUGUCCGUGAUGAUUCUGUGCCUCUGUUGAUUCAACUUAUCAGUAAUGCAAACUCCCUUCAUGCAUACAUUGUACAGAAGCUUUAUCAGGCCAUACGGGUGGAUAUUUCGCAGCAACCCUUGGUGCAAGUGGCAGUUUGGUGCAUUGGAGAAUAUGGGGAUCUGCUGUUGUCUGCCGAGUUUGAGGAGGAAUCACAAGUUCAGGUUACAGAAGAUGAAGUGCUGGAUGUUUUAGAGAAGAUUCUGCAGUCCAGCCUCUCGGCACUCACAACGCGGGAAUAUGCGCUGACUGCCAUUAUGAAGCUUAGCACACGACUACAGAGCAGCACAAAUCGCAUCAGGAAAGCAGUUUCUAUCUAUGGAAGCAGUUUAGAUGUAGAACUUCAACAACGAGCAGUGGAGUACAGUGCACUCUUCAUGAGGUUUGACCACAUGCGACCAGCUUUAUUGGAGCGAAUGCCUCUCAUACAGAAGAGUGCAACCAAUGGACCAGUGCAAACUGUGGUUAAUGGUGAAGAUAAAGAGGAGGGAGGCAGCUUACCAGCACAAGAGCAGCUAUCCCAACAGGCCCAGGUUAGCAACUUGCUUGAUCUACUCGACGUCAGUAACCCAGCUCCAUCAGUGCCUCAAGAAAGCAAAGUACCUCAUGCAGGUGGAGAGUUACUAGACCUUCUGGAUGGAUUAAACCUGCCAGAUCCACAGUCAUCAGGUCUAUCAGGAGCACAGCCACAUUUGGUACUUGAUGGUAUUACUGCCCCAAAUUCGCACAGUACUGUCAACUUAAAACAAGAAAUACCUUCAAUCAUCGCAUAUGAUCAAAAUGGUCUGAAAAUAGAAUUUUCUUUUGAACGGUCCAAAGCGAAUACGAACAUGCUGUUUAUCACCUUACGAGCAUCAAAUUCCACUGAGGUGGACAUGAGCAACUUUAUUUUGCAAGCUGCUGUACCAAAGUCCUUCCAGUUGCAGUUGAUGUCUCCCAGUGGCAGCAACAUUCCUGCUCGGAAUUCUGGAGCUGUGACACAGUUAAUGAGAGUUCUCAAUACACAAAAGCACCCACUGAGGAUGAGGCUGAAGUUGAUGUAUAAUCACAGAGAAGCACCGAUUGAGGUCAUGGCAGACAUCAACGAAUUUCCACCCCAAGCCUGGGAGUGAGUGAGCAUUACAAUGGAAUUCAUGGACUAGACUUUACACUGUGGUUGCUAGCCAGAAGCUGCUGCAAUGUACAAUCAUCCCUGUGAAUGAAACUGGCAUCAGACUGCCUAGUAUUGAAGAGGAAAUUGAAUAUUUCCUAAUAACUGUGUAAGGAUAAUACUUCUGUGGUGGAUCCAUUGCAUAUGAGAUGGAAUCUCAUAACUUGAAUUAUCUGUUACUAAUGGAUCUGGUUGUAAUAAGAUGUUACCUUGCUUCAAUGAACAAAAAGAAUACCUAUGUUAGUAGGUAGACAAAAAAAAUCAUGAAGUUAGAACCCAGCCCAUUUGGUUUAGGUCAGAAUUCUAUUUAUUUGAAAUAUUCAAACAAAGCAAAAGAAUUAUUAAUAUUUAGUACUGUGACUCCUCCCACAACUUAACAUGGCCAUUAAUUUAGUUUGAGAUUGUGUUGCACUUGUGGGCAGCUGCAUUGUAGAUUUCAUUAAGGUAGAACAGAAGUUCUGGAAGAGAGAAACGGUCAUCUUCCCACAUUCUAGACACCUCCGCGCCCCACCCCUCCCCCAACAGCCUGGCAGACAUCCCAGUGAUGGAAUAUUUUCACUAAUAUAAUGUUGUCAUGGGAUCCCACUGUGACAGUCCUGAAGACACGCCAUUGUCAACUGAAGAACUGGAGGGUCACUGGGAGAAAUAGUUUAGUUUGCAGUCCAGAUUCUUCUGUUCUUCCUGAAGGAAAUUUUCUUGUCAGUGCAUCUUUUAAACCAUUCACUAAGCUAUUAGAAAAUACACCACUUCAUUUUCUGAAGAACUGCAGACCUAGUUACAAACUGUUUUGCACUGAUCUUAAAAAUGAACAAAAUUAGACACUGACUAUUCACCAAAAUGUAACCAUAUAAUACAAGAAUUCAUUUGAGGCUUUAGCCACCAGGUGAUGAGCCAUUUCACACUUUUAGGGAUGGCUGUUCAGCGACUUGAGUUCCAGUUGUUUAUGCAUCUUUAUGGAAUUUUUUUGUUGCCCAUUUUAUUGAUUUUGUUGUAACUUGGUACAGUUCUCACAUUUUUGUAUUUUCUUUGCUCAUUGUUUCCAGAAGAGGUGCAAAUCUGUAACAUUUUGCUCACCAGAAAAUCCAUUCCAUUAACACACCACCAUUUUGUUUAAACUUGAGGAGAGUUUUCUCUUACUGAAGGAUAUUGCAACAGCUUUCCAAAACAAUCGAUUAUUUUCCAUACAAGCUGUUAACCACUUCUUGAGUAACUUUCUCGUGACUUAAUCUAAACUCUAAACUCAGCUUGCAGCCUGUAUUUGCAAUAUUUAUUAUGCUGCCUUCACCUUGAAGAGGGUGAUUAGUUAGUUGUCUAACUACAGUUUGUGUUGCUGUGAAAACAAAAUUCUGUUGAUGUUUAAGAAAAAACUCUUCCUUUUGCUGCCUAACUGGUCAAAGGCAGUUGUGUUGAUUGGGAGUGCUAACUUGAAAUAAUUUGUCAUUGCUAUUGUUUCAUUUGCUGCCACCCAAGUCACUCAUCUUUUAGCCACAGUAUGAAUAAUUUUCCCUAGGUUCUCAAUAGAUUUCAUGCAGCUCCAAGUAUGGAAAGAGCAGCAAGAUUUGUGUUCCAAAUUUGCAGGCAGAAAGUCCUGCCAUGGUUGUUUGCCCCAGGGUUGGAGACAUGAAGGAUUACUACCAUAAGCUUUUAUAUACCCAAUCCCCAGUGGUGGUUUGAAAUGUCCACCAGUAUGUAUUUGGUGGUUGGUGUAUGUUUGUAGGGUUCUAUUAUGUUACUGAUGGGUUAUUCUGCUAAUGUCAGUCUGUAAUCUGUCUGUAUUGCUGCUAAAGCGGUUUUGUAGUCAUGCAAUGAAAAGUAGACGGACAACUUCUGCUGGAGUGAACCACUGCCACAGCACACAGUAGAAUGCAUAGAUUUCAAACCAAACAACAGUAGUCAUAAAUGCCAUGCUGGUGGUCACUUUUCUGUCUCUACUGCAACUCUAUGGCAUAUAAUGUAUACCAGGUUCCAACCAAAAAGGAAGGAGACCAGACAAAUGCUCUGACAUGCUGACUCUGCAUUACUCAAGAGUUCUGCAUAUGUCUAGAGGUGCAUGAAUCUUGUGGAUCAUGAUGCUUAAAUGUUGAUGUGUUCAGAAAUGAUCCAAGCUAUUCCCAGGCACAAACUGCAAUACAAUUGACAAAGGGUCCUCUCACUAAGACAUUGAGUUCACCGGAAAACCUUUCUUCAGCACUACGAUUUGCUGUGGGGGAACAAAGUCAUGUUUACAGUUUAAUUUUCUUUACAUAUUGGAAGUGUUCAAAUGAGCUUUUUUGUUUGUUCUGUGAAUGUUGUACAAAAGAGUAGUGCAGACCUAAAUGUAGAUCAUAAACUUUGUAUGCAAUAAUAAACUACAAAUUAACCAUGAAGGUUUCUUGUACAUCUGGAGAAUUGAGAUGAAAGGUUAUUAGGAAAUAUUCAUGACACCUUUCAAUCAUUCCGGUUAAAGCUACUCUACUGUAGAGUACAGGCAAACUUUGCAAGGCUAAAUGCGAUGAGGCUAAGUCUAACAAGCAAAGGACUCUGUGCAGCACUGAACCUAGCACAUGAUAUAAAUUGAUUUCAGCAAGAUUAAGUGGGAGAUUCUUUGACUACAUGUGGUAGAAUUUUAGCUGAUAUGUGUGUCUAUGCACAUAGUAUAAUUCUGCUUCGAGUGUGACUGUGUUUGUCCCUGCAAUGUAAUUCUUCCCAGUUUUGAAAGUAAAUUUAGUUUCCUAUUGAUGUGUUGCACUGAUGAGGUGCAGUAGCAAUGAUAUCCAUUGAAGUACUUAUGGAUG